AUGACGGAGCUGCCGAUCCAGAUCUCUCGGCUGCUUUUGUCUCUGCUGACUCCACGCAAGCCUUCGGUGCAGUGCUGUCUUGUGUUCCGCAACUUCUACGUGGCCUGGCUGCGAAUCGUGCAGAUUAACGUCGAUGGCUCCAGCACAGAGCUAGCCAGCACCUAUCCGCUGAUGAAGCACGUGCACUAUGAAGACGACGCGCAGAACUGGCAAAUCGUCAAACUGAACCAGCUGCCAGUGAGCUGGAACCCACACAUAUUCGACUCGCUGUACGUAUACCUCUCACAGCCAUCGCCACUCUGGAAAACAUGGGAGCUGCACGACGUCAAGUUCUAUGAGUUGCCACAGGAUGCAGCUGAGGCUCGGCUGACACAACUAUUGAAACGCCAAUUUUCACGCCCGACCCUAGCUCACGGUCAUACAGGGGUGAAUUCUGGUACGAAUUCUGUUGAGGAACGCGCCACUCGUUGCUUGGAUCUAGUAUUGAGACUGCGCGAGCUGCUCGAGCCAAUAGAAGAAUAG